GUUGCUUCAUCGAUUGUACAGCGGGUACAUUGGGGCGAGUCCUGAUCAGAGGGUUUAAAGGACGACGCGCGAGGACUCCUCUCAGACCGCGCGCGCACCCCACCAAAGAACACACAGCAUGGCCGCUGUGCUAUGAGACAUCUGGAGCCAUGGCGUCGGGGCAACGCAUAAACGCCCUCUUUUCGCUGCUCGGCUUGUUGUUGUUAUUGUUGUCGGCCCGGAGCAGCGGCAAACCGCUGGACGAAUGUCCCGGCGACGGAUCCUGCCAGUCCCGGAGACCCCCCGUGGUUCUCAUUCCGGGGGAUCUGGGCAACCAAAUGGAGGCGAAGCUGGACAAACCCAGCGUGGUCCAUUACCUCUGCUACAAGAAGACUGACUCUUUCUUCACGCUGUGGCUCAACAUGGAGCUGCUGAUCCCCGUGGCCAUAGACUGCUGGGUGGACAACAUCAGGCUGAUCUACAACAGGACCACACACAGCAGCUCGUCCCCGCCGGGCGUGGACAUCCGUGUCCCGGGGUUCGGACAGACUUAUUCGUUGGAGUAUCUGGACCCCAGCAAACGCAGCGUGGGCAUGUAUUUCUUCCCUCUGGUGCAGGCGAUGGUCGAUUGGGGCUACACGAGAGACGAUGAUGUCAGAGGAGCUCCCUACGACUGGAGGAAAGCCCCCAAUGAGAACAAGGAGUUCUUCCUGGAGCUGCAGAAGAUGGUCGAAGAUAUGGCCGAGAAGACCGGCGGGCCCGUGGUGAUCAUCGCUCACAGCAUGGGCAACAUGUACACCCUGUACUUCCUCAACCACCAGCCGCAGGCCUGGAAGGACCGCUACAUCAAAUCCUACAUCUCCCUGGGGGCGCCGUGGGCGGGCGUGGCCAAGACCCUCCGCGUGAUCAUCUCUGGUGACAAUAACCGCAUCCCGGUGAUCAGCUCGCUGAAGAUUCGCUCCCAGCAGCGUACAGCUAGCUCCACCUCCUGGCUGUUUCCUAAUCCCAAAUACUGGCCCAACGAUCAGGUGUUUGUGCAGACGCCCACCGCCAACUACACCGUGCUGGACUACGAGCGCCUCUACUCCGACAUAGGCUUCCAGGAGGGCUGGAUGAUGCGGCAGGACACGGUGUCGCUGGUGGCCGACCUCACGCCGCCCGGCGUGGCCGUCCACUGCAUGUACGGCAGCGGCGUGGCCACCUCGGAGGCCUUCCGGUACUCGGACAAGUUCCCCGACGACGAGCCCACGGUGGUGCUGGGUGACGGCGACGGCACGGUGAACCUGAGGAGCGCCAUGCAGUGCGGCCGCUGGGCGGGGCAGCAGAAGCAGCCCGUGAUGCUGAUGGAGCUGCCCGGCAACGAGCACGUGGACAUGCUGCUGAACUACACGACCGUGGUGUACAUCAAGAGCGUGCUGUUCUCCCCGUGACCCACACCAAGAUACUUAAGCACACACACACACACCUUCCCCCCUGCCUUUUUAACACCGAUUGCCAAAAUGUUGCCACAUUCCUUGGGAAAAAGAAUUGACAGAUUUGUCAAAGUAAAUUCAUUUUAAGGACAUUUUUAUAUUUGUAAUUAUACAAAUGAUGUUUACUGUCAGGCAAGCCUGCACACAAAUACUUUUAUAUCGGUCUCAGCUUUUGAACAACCCGUGAAUGUAUCUACUUAAUCCACGACAUGAUGAUACAGGACGUGUGUGUGUUUGUACACGAGUCCAAAAAACAAACAGGGAUAUACUGUGUGUGCCACUUUCCUGAGUUAUUAAUCAAAGUCAGAGCUUUUUUUUUAUUAAUGUGAAAUGGUUUUUGACUAAACAGUACAGCGCAUGCAACAGGUCACAUGGUUCAGAAUACUAUUUUAUUUCUAGUGAAAUUAUCCUUUUUAUUUUCAUUGUCUUAUGUCACGUCCCUGAUAAUCUGAGGGUUUUGUUUUAAUCGUGUUCCGCUUUUUAACAAGUGUUGUGUGUUUCAGAACCAAACCUGAGAUAUGGAAGUUGAUUUUAGUCGCGUUGAAAUCACGCAAAUUGAAUUUAGGUUAAAGCCCUAUGUUUACUUUUGUACUUUGUUUUGGAAUCCAAACUAAAUCAUUUUAAAUUUGAAUGAGCGCCCAUGUGUGAAUUGAUUAGCCGAUGUAUGAGACAUAAAAUCGGCUUGCAAGAGUAUGGUCAACUUUGGCUGUAGCUUCAUUUGUAAGCAAUGUUAAAUUAUUAUUUAAAAAGCCAGAAACGGGGGCCCUGGAGCAUUUUCAGACACAAAUAAGGGGAAGUUUUGUUUUAAGGUUAACUUUUUUUCUUUUUUUUACUGGAGUAUAACGGUUUGAACUCGACUCCUUGUCUUUGUAAACAUGUCGUCAGAUGUCUGCCCUGGGUGAUCGUACCGCUCCAUCCAGCCCUCACGGGGCCAGACAAAGACCUCAUAUCUGUGAACUAUCAUAAGUGUCAUAAACAUGUGCGGCCUUCUAGUAAAAGUAUUUUAAAUGUGA